CCGUAGCUCGCACAGCGUCUGGGAUAAAGGGCAGCGCUUACGCCAUUCAGACUGUUAAUGCAGAAAGUAGUCUUGAGGAGCAGAAGUGACAGGAGAGACGAGAAUGACAGAAAAUAGGAGUACUUGCAGCCGUUGUGGUAAAAUGAGUUUCCUGAAGAGUCAGACCACAGUUUUCAUCCUUCUCGUGAUUUUAUUUCUUAAUGUCAGCUCGGCUCUGUUGGGAAAAAUGAAAAGAAAUCCCAAAAUUCUAGUGGUGGGAGCAGGCGCUGCAGGAGUUGGGGCGGCCACCAAACUGCUCAAGAACGGAUUUCGUAACGUACAGAUUGUAGAGGCAGAACCACACAUCGGGGGGCGCAUUAUAGGCACCAAGUUCGGACAAUCUUGGAUUGAUCUUGGAGCUCAGUACAUCCAUGGUGCAUCUCCCUCCAAUCCUGUGUAUGUAAUGGCAAAAGACAUGGGCCUGUUGAAUGACUCAACCGAGGAAGAAUCAGAAAGCAAAGGAUGGAGAGUUUUUAGCAAACAGAACAAAAAGAUUGAUACCACCUUUGCCAAACAAGUCUAUGAAUUUGGUGAAAAUAUAAUACUCAACAGUUACACCCUAAAGAAAUCCUAUACUCAAGGACAGAAUCAGAGCAUGGGGGAAUAUUUUGUCACAAAGAUCCAGGAGCUGUCAACCAAUUGGAGCAGUGACCCUCACCGAAGCAAGGAAGUGAAUGGGAUCUUCAGCUUGGUCAUCAAGAACUACCUUCUAGACAUAGGAACCAGUGAUCUUCGAGAUGUGGGUGUGGACGCCUGGCAUGAAUUUGGACCUGUGGAAGGGGGUGAACUCAACCUCCAGGGGCACAUGCAUCAGAUUGUAGAGAAUUUGCUGAGGGACUUUCCAAAGGAAAACAUUCUGCUUAGCACACAAGUGACAAAAAUCGAGUGGAAUGGAUCGUUCCAGGGCAGUGAGGAGGAAGAGGAGAACCAGUAUCCAGUGCGUGUGCUUUGUGAGGGAGGGAAGGAGAUCCUUGCUGACCAUGUGCUUCUCACCAUCUCAGUUGGCUGCCUGAAGGCGCUGGCGUCCACUUUAUUUCACCCCAUACUCCCUUCGGAAAAGACUCUAGCAAUUGAGAAGCUGGGGUUUGGCACGAUGAAUAAGAUCUUCCUGGAGUAUGACACGCCAUUCUGGGAAGAGGGCGUGGAGGAAAUCAACCUCAUUUGGGAAGAUGAACAUCCUAGCAAUGCAUUAACCAGUGAAGCGAAAGAAUGGAUCCGGUUUAUACCAUGGUAUGAAGUCAUGCCACGAGAAAGGUUUAACCAUUCACUGAUCGGCAUGGUAGCCGGAAGAGCAGCUGAAUAUAUGGAGACCCAGAGUGAAGAGGAGCUGGCUUCAAACAUCACUCAGAAUUUCCGGGAGAUCUUAGGUAACCCUUCCAUACCACAUCCCAAAAAAGUUAUCUACACUAAGUGGCACUCCAACCCCUACACCCGCGGCGCGUAUACAUACAGAACCGUGGGAGCAAAAGGCUCACAUUUUGAUAUACUGGCUGAGCCUUUACCUAAGGACAAGAGCCUGUCCACGCAGGAGCUGCAGAUCUUGUUUGCUGGAGAAGGAACAAGUCGCAAUUUACACAGCACUGUCCAGGGAGCCCUCAAGUCUGGGUGGCGAGAGGCUGAACGGCUCACGAAGUUUUACCAGACCCCUGGUACUUCCGCUGAAAGUGAAGAGACAACCCCAGGUACACAGUAACUCAGCGGACACUUGAUGGGACUGAAAACCUGACACAGAAAACUCCAAUCAAACCACAGGAGACAACGUCUAGCUCUGUUCCGGACGCACCUUUCAAGCCCAGUAUCUUCCAGACUUGGACCUACUGUAUUUAAACAGGAAACCUACAGAGGGAGAUUUUCACCAUACCAAAGGAGAUGGAUAGUGUUUUUGAGAAUAACAAAGUGUCAAGACACUGUUUUCUUUUGUUUGUAGGUUGAUUUCGGUUAUCAAACAAAGCUAUCCAGACUGAUAACCCGAAUGCUUUCAUCCGUGUCUCAUAAGUGUUUAACACACCUUAUUGACAAGUUGCUCUUCUACUGCUCUUUCCUCCAUGGAUUCUUCCAAUGAGUUGUCACAGGCCUCCAGUUUUAUUCGGUGGGAACGCAACGACUUGACAUCAUCUUCAUCCUCUCCAGCUACAGAAGGAAAUACCUGAAGAAAAACAAAAUAUUAAUUUGACAUAACAAACUGAAGAAUCCUAUAAUUUUAGGCUCCUAUGCAGAAUCCAUCCAUCCAUGCAUUAUCCAACCUGCUGUAUCCUAACUACAGGGUCACGGGGGGUCUGCUGGAGCCAAUCCCAGCCAACACAGGGCGCCAGCCCACCACAGCCUAUGCAGAAUGAAAGAUGAAAAUCACAGUGUGCUAUAACUUUAAACAAUCUCCAGUGAUGACCCUGUUGCAUGAGCUAUCCUGUGAGGUAAGAAAGACAGGCAAGUGUGAGCAGGCACUUGUCACGUUAUGAAGUUUUCUUAAUAAUGUAACACCAUAACCCCCUUACAGUGGGCCUGAUCAGUGUGCUUCUCAGAAACAUAGCAACAUUACAAAAUCUACAGUGCAUCGGAAAGUAUUCACAGUGCAUCACUUUUUCCACAUUUUGUUAUGUUACAGCCUUAUCCCAGAAUGGAUUAAAUUCAUUUUUUUCCUCAGAAUUCUACACACAACACCCCAUAAUGACAACGUGAAAAAAGUUUACUUGAGAUUUUUGCAAAUUUAUUAAAAAUAAAACAAUUGAGAAAGCACAUGUACAUAAGUAUUCACAGCCUUUGCCAUGAACCUCCAAAUUGAGCUCAGGUGCAUCCUGUUUCUCCUGAUCAUCCUUGAGAUGUUUCUGCAGCUUCAUUGGAGUCCACCUGUGGUAAAUUCAGUUGAUUGGACCUGAUUUGGAAAAGCACACACCUGUCAAUAUAAGGUCCCACAGCUGACAGUUCAUGUCAGAGCACAAACCAAGCAUGAAGUCAAAGGAAUUGUCUGUAGACCUCCGAGACAGGAUUGUCUCGAGGCACAAAUCUGGGGAAGGUUACAGAAAAAUUUCUGCUGCUUUGAAGGACCCAAAAAGCACAGUGGCCUCCAUCAUCCGUAAGUGGAAGAAGUUCAAAACCACCAGGACUCUUCCUAGAGCUGGCCGGCCAUCUAAACUGAGUGUUCGGGGGAGAAGGGCCUUAGUCAGGGAGGUGACCAAGAACCCGAUGGUCACUCUGUCAGAGCUCCAGAGGUCCUCUGUGGAGAGAGGAGAACCUUCCAGAAGGACAACCAUCUCUGCAGCAAUCCACCAAUCAGGCCUGUAUGGUAGAGUGGCCAGACGGAAGCCACUCCUUAGUAAAAGGCAUAUGGCAGCCCACCUGGAGUUUUGCCAAAAGGCACCUGAAGGACUCUCAGACCAUGAGAAAGAAAAUUCUCUGGUCUGAUGAGACAAAGAUUGAACUCUUUGGUGUGAAUGCCAGGCGUCACGUUUGGAGGAAACCUGGCACCAUCCCUACAGUGAAGCAUGGUGGUGGCAGCAUCAUGCUGUGGGGAUGUUUUACAGCGACAGGGACUGGGAGACUAGUCAGGAUAAAGGGAAAGAUGACUGCAGCAAUGUACAGAGACAUCCUGGAUGAAAACCUGCUCCAGAGCGCUCUUGACCUCAGACUGGGGCGACGGUUCAUCUUUCAGCAGGACAACGACCCUAAGCACACAGCCAAGAUAUCAAAGGAGUGGCUUCAGGACAACUCUGUGAAUGUCCUUGAGUGGCCCAGCCAGAGCCCAGACUUGAAUCCGAUUGAACAUCUCUGGAGAGAUCUUAAAAUGGCUGUGCACCGACGCUUCCCCAUCCAACCUGAUGGAGCUUGAGAGGUGCUGCAAAGAGGAAUGGGCGAAACUGGCCAAGGAUAGGUGUGCCAAGCUUGUGGCAUCAUAUUCAAAAAGACUUGAGGCUGUAAUUGCUGCCAAAGGGGCAUCGACAAAGUAUUGAGCAAAGGCUGUGAAUACUUAUGUACAUGGGAUUUCUCCGUUUUUAUAUUUUUAAUAAAUUUGCAAAAACCUCAAGUAAACUUUUUUUCACAUUGUCAUUAUGGGGUGUUGUGUGUAGAAUUCUGAGGAAAAAAAUGAAUUGAAUCCAUUUAGGAAUAAGGCUGUAACAUAACAAAAUGUGGAAAAAGUGAUGCGCUGUGAAUACUUUCCAGAUGCACUGUAUCAUGUAAACUGAUGCUUUUAUGUGACUCACAGAAGUUUUUGUCUUCUUGGUUUUUGCUUUCCCUACAUAUACCACAGGUAUAUGCUAAGUGGCCACUUUACUACAGAUGCAUAUCCAUUCUCAGAUUGGACCCUACUUACUGUAUUUCUGGACCAGCCUGAAUUAUAUGUGCUGAACAACUUGCAUUGGGAAUUUUCUUAUAUACUUACUUGAUAGCAUCACAAAAUUCCUGCUAAUUUUUCAUCACAAACCUGUUUCGUAACAUAGUCCAAAGAUAUGCAGGUUAGGUUAACUGGUGGUGCUAAAUUGGUCCUAUUUGUGUGUUUACCCUGUGAUGGGCAGACACCCUGUCCUGGCAUUGUUUCUGCUUGCUUGCUGUGAAACUCUAUAGCUGCUCCGUGAUUCUGCCCUGGAUACUCAGGUUUAGAAAAUGGAGGGGCAGAUGGAUGGGUGAAUAUUAUAAUCUGUCCUGUCCUGAGCAACUUUCUCCUGCAUGUCCCCUAUCCUUAAAACAUACAGAGAAACAUUCUGUAUAAUUUCAAUUACAGAUUAGUUUACUGUUUCAGAUUUAGCUUAAGAAAACUUAUUUCAAUUUAUAUAUAUGCUAUUUACAGUUUUCUCGUAUUUUCAUGUCCUAGCACAAGCAAUUGAAAUGCUGGUGCACACAUGCCAGGCACUAGUGUCUGCCAAUACAAACAGCAGUGUGGCAGUCUGAACAAAUCACUAUCACACAUACAUCUGUUAUUAAAUAUUACGAAAAAAGAAAUGUGAUAGCAGCGGCACAGGGGCACAGUGGUAGCGCUGCUGCCUGGUGUUAGGAGACCUGAGUUCGCUUCCCGGGUCCUCCCUGUGUGGAGUUUGCAUGUUCUCCCCAUGUCUGCGUGGGUUUCCUCCCACAGUCCAAAGACAUGCAGGUUAGGUGCAUUGGGCAUUGGUGUGUGUGUGUGUGUGCCCUGCGGUGGGCUGGCACCCUGCCCGGGGUUUGUUUCCUGCCUUGCGCCCUGUGUUGGCUGGGAUUGGCUCCAGCAGACCCCCAUGACCCUGUAGUCAGGAUGUAGCAGGUUGGAUAAAGGAUGGAUGGAUAAAUGUGGUAGCUGUCACUUUAAUCAUACAAAUAAAUAAUUGAAAAUGCUGAAACUUUCAAAUCAAUUAAUUAGUUGCCAAACGCACUUGAAUGUUAAGCCAUGCAUAGAUUUUCUAAUAAUUAAAAAAAUAAAGUGCAAACUUAAAGAAGUGAUGUUUACUGUUAUUUCAAUAUUAACAAUAUUUGUGUAGUUUUUGUAAAAUCAAAGUUCUAAAUGUGUUAAAGUAAGAAAACUUCUUUAUAUUCUAAGUUUAUAUUAUGUACAAUUAACAAUAUUUGACAUGGGAUUUGAUGUAAAUAUAAUGCAGUAUAGCUGGCACUCUACAAAAGCCAUUUUUUAAUGAUUCUUCUGACCACCCAGAGCUUGAAUGUCAAACUUCCCAUAUGUUGUCAUCACAUGUUUUAAUGGUGUCAGGUAUAAUUUUAAAUAAAACAACAACGUGAGCUAAAAAUGAA